GCCCCCACCACCCUUCAUUUUUCCUAAUCUACAAACUUUCUCAAUUAUUAUUGUUAAGCCUAUAAAUACAAAUGCCUAGCACCACCAAAUACCACAUUAAACUCAAUAUUUCCAAAUCCAAUAUAGCUAAUUAGCAAUGGCAUCAACUUCACUCCUUUCUUCUUCUUCUUCUUCCAUUGUCUCGUUUAACCCAUUUUCAGGCAUAGAUCGACAUCAAAAGCGAGCUGCACGGUCUGCUACAAGGGUAUUUGCGUCAAGCAGAAAAGAAGCGGAUCAUGAGCGGUACCGGCAAAACUUCUAUAGGAGCAGGCUGGUGGAUGAGAACAUGAUUGUUCUGAGGAAAAGGGUUCAUGAGAUGAAGAUGGUGGAGAGGAACUACGAGCCUCCCUCUGACUGGCUCGACUGGGAGAAGCGCUAUUACACCACCUACGAUUCUUCUAUAUGCCAACUCAUGGGUCUCUUGCAGUCUCAGUUGAUGAACACCAGACCAAGCUUCGCUUUGGCAACCAUGGCUUUGAUCAUCUUGAGCCUGCCCACCUCAACACUUUUGCUUUUCUUCCAUUUACUUGAUCUCACAAAGGGGGUCCUAACUCUUAACUAGCUUCCAUAAUUAUAUCCAUGCGUAGAAUUAAUUAUGUAUUGCCUUUUUUCGAGUUGUUUUCUUCUUAAGCGCUCCUCCUGUAUAUACAUAUACAUUCUUGAACAGUUGACCGAAACAGUGUGUCCAUCCUUUUGCAUCCAAGUUGGAAUCAAUCACCUUACAAGA